UGAAAUUGUUUUGCGCUGUUGCUCUAGUUGAACCUUGGAGGUAUUUCGAACAGCACACUUCGCCUGCUGAGGCGUACGAUCGUAGUUCAGUGCAAAAUUAGAAGUGGUUUAAAAAUAAAAAGUUCUCGGUACCUGUGAUUUAUAAAAUUACAAAUAUUUACGUUCAGUGCAGAUUAUAACUAAUCUUGAAAAAUGUUCAGCGGGAUUGCAGGAGCCUUCCGAAGCAUCGGAGAGAAGACAGCGUCGCUCUUCGAACGCAAGAAGAAGGAUGUUGAACAGGUGGCUUCGGAGAAGACCUCGGAGGCUGCUCAUGUCGUGGAAGACCAGGUCAAGAAGGCCGGGGAGCUAGUCAGCGGGGCGCAGUCGUCUGCCAAUGAUGCGGCGAGCUCAGCCACUGCCGCCAAAAACUCAGCCAUCGACGCCCUAGACAAAGAGCUGUCGAAGGUGUCCUUAGCGGCUGGAGAGGCCCAGGAUGCUGCCAACCGAGCCGUCGCUGAUGGCAAGAAGGUCGUCGACACUGCUAAAGAUACGAUUGCAACAACCAUAGAUAAUACCAAAAAAUCAGCAGAAGCCGCAGUCAAUGCAGCUAAAGAGACAUUAUCGAGCACAGUAGAUGCCACACAAAAAGCCGCACAGAGCGCUCUCGACACUGGCAAAACGUACGCCACUAGUGCCAAAGAUACCGUUUCAAGCACAGUUCAAAGCACUGUAGAUACCUCACAAAAGGUAGCCCAAGCGGCUCUGGAAACAGGCAAAACUUAUGCUACAUCCGCUAAAGAUACAGUAUCGAACACUGUCCAAAAUACAGUAGAAGGUACUAAAAAUAUUACACAAAGCGCUGUUGAUCAGACUAAAGCUUGCGUCGCCAGCGCAAAAGAUACGGUAUCAAAUACUGUAGAUAAUACCAAAAAAUCAGCACAAAAUACGAUCGAAACGGAUAAAACAUACGCCGAAUCAGCCAAAGAUACUAUUCAGAGCACUGUACAUAGCACUGUAGACACAACGAAGCAAGUUGCUCAAUCUGCGUUAGAAAAAGGGAAGGGUUACGUUGAUAGUGCCAAAGAUACUGUAGCGAGUACCGUGGAUACAACUAAAAAAACAGCAGCGGCUGCAGUAGAAACAGGCGUGUCAUAUGCCGGAGCCGCUAAAGACACUAUUGCGAACACUGUCAGUAGCACAGUAGAUGUUACUAAAAAUGUAGCCGCUUCAGCAGUAGAAAAGGGAACCGCAAUUGUAGGAAGUGCUAAAGGUACUGUUGUCAAUACCGUUGAUGCCACUAAAACAGCAGCUGCUACGGCUAUUGAAACGGGUUCUUCAUAUUUAGCCAGUGCUAAAGAUACUGUCGCAAAUACUGUUCAUAGCACAGUAGACACAACCAAAAAUAUAGCUGCAUCUGCUGUUGAGAAGGGUUCAGCAUUAGUAGGGAGUGCUAAAGACAAUGUCGCUAAUACAGUUCAUAGCACUGUAGAUGUAACAAAGAAUGCUGCGGCUUCUGCCAUUGAAAAGGGUUCAGCAUUAGUCGGAAGUGCUAAAGAUACCGUUGCCAGUACUGUCGAUGGUUCUAAAAAUGUAGCCGCGUCUGCGGUUGAAACUGGUACUUCAUAUUUAGGAAGUGCGAGAGAUACUGUAGCAAACACAGUCCAUGGCACUGUCGAUGUAACAAAAAAUGUAGCGGCUUCAGCAGUAGAAAAGGGCUCAGCGUUAGUAGGAAGUGCUAAAGAUACUGUAGCCAGUACAGUUGAUGCCACUAAAACCGCGGCAGCGACCGCUGUAGAAACGGGCAGUUCAUAUUUAGGAAGUGCUAAAGACUCCGUUGCCAACACUGUUCAUAGUACUGUAGAUGCGACAAAAAAUUUGACUGCGUCUGCCGUUGAAAAAGGCACAUCGUAUGUAGGCGCUGCUAAAGAUACCGUAGCGAGCACAAUUUCUAGCACUGUAGACGCUACUAAAAACGUGACUGCGUCAGCUAUAGAGACCGGUUCCUCAUUUGUAGGCAGUGCCAAAGACACUCUUGCACAUACUGUAGACGCAACCAAAAACGCGGCGGCAUCCGCUGUUGAAAAAGGAUCAUCUUUAGUAGGAAGUGCGAAAGAUACCGUAGCAAGCACAGUACAAAGCACUGUAGAUACGACUAAGAGCUUUGCCGGUAACGUGGUCGAUAAGGGAGCCUCGCUUGUUGGAAGCGCGAAAGACCUAACAAGCUCGAUAUAUAGUACUGAAAAUACUGAGGUUUCUUCAGAGGAAGUAAAGGAUAUUGUAGAGGAUACUAAUGAACGCGUUCAAAAUGGCAUCUCAUCCGCUUUGAUCCAGAGCAAUGGAGUCGCUGGCUUCCAUGAUGGAAUCCAAGGCAAAUUCAGCUCUACAAAGGCUGAGGCGGCGGAUAGCUGCAAGAAAGUCGCUGAAAAUACGACUGACACAAUCAACACGACAGUAGACAGCACGAAGAAAGCAGCAGAGGAGGCCAAAGCACAGGCGGCGAAGGCUGCUGAAGACGCCAAGGAGAAGGCGAGACAGGCCGCGGAGGCCGCUGCUGCUGAGGCUAAGAGAGCUGCCAACGCAGCGAUGGAAGAAUCCAAAAAGGCGGCUGAGAAAGCCGCAGCGGACGCCAGUAACGCCGUGAACAGCACCGUGGACAACACGCUGAAGCGGGUGGAGGCUGCCGCUGAUGAGGGCAUCAAGAACGCCGGACACGUCGUGGACGCCAAGAUCAAGGACGCCGACAAGUACCUUAGCGAGAAGCGCGAUGCGUUGGCAUCGAACUUAUCAUCAGCAGUGCACGAUGGCUCCGAGGGCGCCGCCGGUCUCUUGAGCAAGGGUCUGGCCGCCUUCCCCAAAUAAAACACCCAGCGGGUCCCGCCACAUGUACCUGCAACCUCCGCUGUAUUCGAAUCGCUAUAUCAUAAUCCAUAGACAUGCCAGCAUCGCCCAUCUUUUUUUUUCGUAUUUCCAUAUUUUUUAAGCCUCGUCAGAAGGGUGAUAAAUGGUGAUAUCAUGCAAUGAUGCUGCAGAGAAAAAAAAAAUGUGUUAAACAUGUCUCAUUUCUAAUAUGCCUUUGGCUUGCAUCUUAUGGAUGAUGAUGAUAUUUAUUUGUUUUUUUUUGUUGCAGUAAAUUUGAAAAAGGUUCAUAAAAACAAAAUUUACCAAAUAAACAAUACUAUAUCUCGUACUGUUUUUAUUCGUUAUUAUAUAUUUUUCAAUUGCUGGUACAAUUAGUUUUAAGUUACCUAAGAUAAAAUUAAUUUAAGUUUUACUCAAUAAUGUUAUAUUUUAAUAAGAACAAAAUGCAUUUAAAUUGCGUUUUAUAUAUAUUUUAUUUAAAGAUACAAUUGACAUCUCUGUAAAUGUAAUAUUAUCUAAGUCACAAUGUAAUCUCAGUUUUUUUUGUUUACAUAGCAGUAGUCUAUAAUUUAUAACUUUCAUUGAUGCCUAUCUGUAGGUACUAAGCUGUAUUAAAAGUUAUAUAUACCUACCGUGAAUAUUAAUUAUAUUUGAAUGCUUUGCUUGAAACCGUCCAGCAGCCUUAUAUAACAAAAAAUAAAAAAUACAAACAAAUUUACUUGAUGAGAUAUAUAAUAAUAUAUUAAAGAUAUUGUCUGCUUAGCAGUACCUACUUAUCUUUUAUACAUCUGUUUCUACAAAAGUUAUAUAAUAUUGUACAUUGCUGUACUUUUCUGUAUUUUAUAAAAAGCUAUAUUUAUAUUUAAUUGUUGCCUAAUGUUACUUUACAGUGAAUUUAUACUAAUGCACAAAAUAUAUUAUACUUUUUCACAAACAUGAGCAUAUAGUUUACUGUUAACAAUUUCUCUAUUGUGUAUUAUCAACUUAUCAGUGUCAUAUUUGUGUUGUAAGAAAUAAAUUACCAUACACUUC